GUCUGUCAGUCUGUAGCGGGUACUACCUUGCUGCUUUGGUUUUGAGACCUCUGCUCUUCUGCAGCAUUUACUGUAUUUCCCACCUCUCACUUCACCUUUGUUCCUCCUCUCCACUGUGUCACCAUGGAUAUUGGUGGCCUUACAACAGUGGUGGCCAACUCCGCCUACAUCUCUGCCCGUGGGAGCUUCGACGGCACUGCCAACCCUGCAGCCAACCGUGACAAGAAGUUCCACUCCCGCCUGAAGCUGCCCCACAUUACCGUUUGUGAAGGUCUGCGAGAGACUCUGGACCUGGGCUUCCAGACGGUCUGUGUGGAGCAGCCCAUCGGCAAACGUCUGUUCCAGGAGUUCCUUGAUUCCAUCAAUGAGUACAAGGGGCCCAGCCGUCUGUGGAAGGAUAUCGAAGAGUACAACAUGGCUGAGGAUGAAGACCGGGCCAAGAAAGCAAGCAAGAUCUUGUCUCGGUACAUGGAGCCCGAUGCCAAACAUUACUGCCCGUUUCUGCCAGAAAAUGGCAUCACAAAGGUAAAGGAGAAACACAAAGAAGCCGGGGAUGAGCUCUUCAGUGAAACCAUGGACAGCGUGAUGGACUUUCUCAAGGAAGUGCCCUACACCUUCUUCCUGGAGAGCAUGUAUCUAAAGAGGUUUCUGCAGUGGAAGUGGCUUGAAAUGCAACCCAUAGGAGAGGACUGGUUCUUGGAUUUUCGUGUGCUGGGUAAAGGAGGGUUUGGGGAAGUGUCAGCCUGCCAGAUGAGAGCCACAGGGAAACUGUAUGCCUGUAAAAAACUGAACAAGAAGAGACUGAAGAAGAGAAAAGGGUAUGAGGGGGCGAUGGUUGAGAAAAGGAUCCUGGCACGAGUUCACAGCAGGUUCAUCGUCUCUUUGGCCUAUGCCUUCCAGUCAAAAACUGAACUCUGUCUGGUCAUGACCAUAAUGAACGGAGGAGACCUGAGGUAUCACAUCUAUAAUGUGGAUGAGAACAACCCUGGGUUUGAUGAACCUCGAGCCUGUUACUACGCUGCACAGAUCAUUCAGGGUCUAGAGCACCUCCAUCAGAAGAGGAUCAUUUACAGAGACCUCAAACCAGAGAAUGUUCUGCUGGACAAUGAAGGUCACGUGCGUAUUUCUGAUCUUGGUCUGGCUGUGGAGCUUGCUGACGAUCAGUUCAAAAUCAAGGGCUAUGCUGGAACUCCAGGUUUCAUGGCUCCAGAGCUCCUGAAUGGAGAAGAGUACGACUACUGUGUGGAUUAUUUUACUUUGGGUGUUACUCUUUACGAGUUUCUGGCUGCUAAAGGGCCCUUCAGGACCCGAGGAGAGAAGGUGGAGAAUAAGGUGGUAAAGAAGAGGAUUCUGAACGACCCGGUCACUUACCCAGAGAAAUUCAGUGAAAACGGCAAGUCCAUCUGUGAGGGUCUGCUGUGCAAAGAGGCCGACAAAAGGCUUGGCUUUAAGAACGGGUCAUGUGACGAGCUGAGGACGCACCCCUUCUUCAGUCAGAUCAACUGGAGGAAACUGAAUGCAGGGAUCCUGCCACCUCCCUUUGUGCCAGACUCCAAGACGGUGUACGCCAAAGAUCUGGACGACGUUGGGGCCUUUUCUACGGUGAAGGGCGUGCAGCUGGAAGACGUGGACACAGUGUUUUUCGAUGAGUUUGCUUCAGGGAACAUCGCCAUCCCCUGGCAGGAGGAGAUGAUCGAGACCGGGAUCUAUGGAGAGCUGACAGUCUGGGGCCCCGGCGGCGCUUUGCCCAAUGAUCUGCGGCGUGAAUCCAUCCUGGAGCAGCCGCCCAAGUCUUCAACCUGCUGCGCAUCAUGAGAUAAAAUUAAAAAAACGACAAAACAUUGUUAGCAAAUUUCUUUCUGUUUUUUAGUGCAUGAAUCAUCAUUUAUUUUUCUUUUUAAAUGUGGCACAUUUGAAGUCAAACGAUUCAUAAGGGAGAGACAUUUAUUGGUAAUGAUGUUUUACUUUGUUUACAAAAGCAGUGCAGCACUAAAAUGUAUCCACAGCAAUAUUUCCAGUCUUUUCUUGCCCAUGUUUUUGCUGUAAUGUUAAACUAAGCUUAUCUAUUGCUAAUUUAAUUGAUCAAGACUUAACAAAUGCUUUCAAAGUGCUUAAGUCCACUUUAAUGAAAACUGCUUUUUUUUACUUUAGUGAACACAUUUUUCUCAACAUUUAUCUUUGUAAUUAACAUCACUAUUAGUUUAACUACAGAGAUGCUGUCUUGUGUCUGAAGGUGUAAAUGAAUGUAAAGAGAAAUUAUUUUUCCUACCUGUUGUUUUUGCUGCUUUUCAAAAAAGUAACUUCUCUGGGAAAAAGAACAUCUAAAUGGCUUUCAUUUUGUUUUGGGAAUUUUCUUUUGCUUUAAAAUGUUCUAUUAUAGUUCACCAGCUUCAGAUGUGAAACAAGCAGAUGUUUUAAGUCUCAAAAUAAAUACUUUGCAUUUCCA